GCUUAUCACGUGAAAGGCGAUCAGCUGACGAAAGAGCCGGAUGCGGAAGAGAUUGCGGUGCUCAGCAAGAUGGAAGGAGCGCUGGAGCAUCACCUAGAAGAUACAAUGAAGAAUCCCUCCAUCACGGGAGUCCUGUGCACCGAUUCCCAAGGGCUAAACCUGGGCUGUCGUGGCACCCUCUCAGAUGAACAUGCAGGUGUGAUAUCUGUUCUAGCCCAGCAAGCAGCCAAAUUAACAGCUGAUCCAACAGAUAUUCCUGUAGUGUGCCUUGAGUCAGAUAAUGGCAUUAUCAUGAUCCAGAAGCAUGACGACAUCACAGUGGCAGUACACAAAAUGGCAUCUUAACUUUGUGCAUCCGCAACACUUAAUUGUUCUUUAACUCACCUUCGUCGAACAUUGUUCUGCUGAUUUAUACAGAAUGAAUAUCUAAAGUCACUAGGCAGAACCUAGUUGGAUCGGACUGUAAGCUUCUCCCUUGCCUAAGCUGGUAGAGAAUCUGGUUGCUCUGAACUUUGGCCAUUUCAUUCCAUCAAGCAUUUUUCUGUUGUAAAGCUGGAGAGGUGGCACUCUGGGAGGUGGUCCUAAUGCCAGAAGAAAUCAAUAAACAAAACGAAAUGCA